AUGAAACUCGACGAAGAAUUCUUACACGACAGAGACCAUUCGUUUCUGACAGAUGACGAGGAAAAUCAAGCAGAGCUUGCUUGUUCCGACGAUGAACACGACGGAAACGGUGCCGGUCGGAGAGGAGGUUCGAAUUCCGAUUCCUCCUCUCCACUAUCUCGAAACCGUUCCGAUAACAAUCUCUCGGAUGUCUCAAAUACUCCAUGGCCACAAAGUUAUCGGCAAUCAAUGGAUUUGUUGACCGGAAUGACUCCACCUUCGUUGAGUUUCAUGCCUCGAAGCGGUUCCCGGAGAAAUGCCUCUUCCUUCCACAAGAGACAACAAUCUUCAUUUUGCGAUUCGUUUUCUUCUUCCUCAAGCAAACCUCUCCUCUCUCAACCAAUCUCCGACAAAGAAGAGACUAUAUUACCUGUCAAGCCCCCCAAUUUUCCAUCUCAGCUGAAGCUAUCCGUCACCGAUCUUCCUUUACCAGAUUCUAAUCUCUGCUCCUUCUCUCAAUCCGUCCUCAACGGAACCAAUGUUCUGUGUGGACUAGGGUUAAUAACAAUGCCUUAUGCUAUAAAAGAAAGUGGAUGGCUUGGUUUGGUCAUACUCGUGCUCUUUGGAGUCAUCACUUGCUACACAGGUGUUCUCAUGAAGAGAUGUCUAGAAAGCUCUCCUGGUCUUCAAACUUACCCUGAUAUCGGUCAAGCCGCCUUUGGUAUCACCGGUCGCUUUGUCAUCUCCAUCCUUCUCUACGUGGAGUUGUACGCAGCUUGUGUGGAAUACAUAAUCAUGAUGAGCGAUAAUUUAUCAGGACUAUUCCCAAACGUUUCACUGAGCAUUGCUGCAGGGAUUUCUCUAGACUCGGCUCAGAUCUUUGCAAUCUUAACAACUCUUCUUGUUCUUCCGACAGUCUGGCUUAAAGAUCUUAGUUUGCUUUCUUAUCUUUCAGUUGGAGGAGUCUUGGCUUCGAUCUUGCUCGGUCUCUGCCUCUUCUGGGUAGGUGUGGUCGAUGGAAUCGGGUUUCACUCAACAGGAAGACUUUUGGAUCUCAGUAACUUGCCUGUUACGAUAGGGAUAUUUGGGUUUGGUUACUCAGGUCAUUCUGUUUUUCCAAACAUAUAUUCUUCCAUGAAAGAUCCUUCAAAGUUUCCUCUUGUCUUAAUCAUCUGCUUUAGUUUCUGUACGGUCUUAUACAUAGCAGUAGCAACCUGCGGUUACACCAUGUUUGGCGAAGUUGUCCAAUCACAAUUCACGUUAAACAUGCCUAAACACUUCCUAUCAUCUAAAAUUGCGGUUUGGACAGCGGUCGUUACACCGAUGACAAAAUACGCGUUAACAAUCACCCCAAUUGUUUUGAGUCUCGAAGAACUCAUUCCAACGGCUAAGAUGAGAUCGCAUGGUGUAUCGAUAGUCUUCCGAACAAUCCUUGUUACCUCAACCUUAGUCGUGGCUCUUUCCGUUCCUUUCUUCGCGAUUGUGGCUGCACUAAUCGGAUCGUUCCUUGCAAUGCUUGUGGCUCUUAUCAUUCCAUGCCUAUGUUAUCUCAGUAUCCUCAAGGGUAAAUUAAAUAACACACAAAUCGGAUUAUGCGUGUUCAUUAUAAUCUUCGGGGUGGUGAGUGGUUGUUGUGGUACUUACUCGGCUAUCUCAAGAUUAGCCAACCAAUUGACAUGA